CUGACGCCUCGAUCGAUUGACAUGGUUGCAGCUGUCAUUCUUUUUCUUCAACUCCCAAGGUUCGCUAGCUGCUAGUAUUGUUUUCCUAAUCUCGACGACGUCUUGUAGCGCGCGGUCCAGGCGUUCCGCCAUCCUUCAUCAAAUAAUUCCCCACGCCCCCAAAGCCUGCAUCCUACCUACUCGUACCUAUCCCAUCCAUACAUACUUUCCCUCUGUCUGCCAGGGGGCUUUUAGGCCUGCAGAAUGCAGCGCUCCACUGCCUGGUCCUGCCUGCCAGUCGUCUCUUAUGCCCAACCAGCGCCUGCCUCGGCUCACGUCAAAAGGUGGGAUGGAAAUAGCCUGACCUCGACCGAGUGGGACGGCCUACGCAAGGUAAGUUUUUUUUUUUUUUUUUCUUUCUUUCUUUUUCCUUACUCUUUUCUUUUAUCUGACUGCCUGCACCAGGAUGCCGAGCUAUGGACCCCAGACGGCAACUGCUUCGUGCAUCUGUACGAGCGCGGCCACUCCCGUCGCGGGCCGUCUUUCUGCAUCCCCAUCAGCGCUCUUCGUGACGCCCAUGCCGGCACCCUCUUCAGCCUCUGCUUCGCUCGCUCCGUCUCCCGCGCCGAGCUCCCCAUAGCCCAGCUCAGCUCCCUCGUCGACCCCCCAGACGUCCUGUACGAGCUGUACAUGCCCGCCCCCGACGGCUGUCUGAGAGAAGAGGCCCUGCAGUUCCACAUAACGACCCGGAACUUCUUCGCGUUUGUGCUCAAAAAGCCGCUGGUGGGUGCGCAUCUGGGCACCAGCUUGAUCCAUCUACAAGAACGCCUCCAUUUAUUUUGCUCACGGGGCCCGACGGAUAACCACAACGCCUUUCUUAGGUAUGCAGAAGAGCUGGGCUACUUGGAUUUCACGCAUCGCCCUAGCAAUGCCUUGGCUAUACUCUUCUAUGCAGAGCACUAUCAGCUGGAAGAGCUGUGGCUGGACGCCUAUGCUCAUUGCGUAGGCAUGAACGAGACACUGUAUAUGAGCCCUGAAUAUGAUCCGAUCCCCAGGGUCACCAAGGCUCUCAUAACACGUGCGUGGUUGGAGAUGGAUCUGCAUCUCGGCAGGGUCACCAGGGCUUUGGGAAACCUCCUCGAAGACGAGCUGUCUCCCUCAUACCUCGGCCUGCCUCACGGCGCCCGCACCCACCUCGACCGCUUCCGUGCAUUCCUCCGCUCCUACUAUGUCGAAAAAUACGGCUUCUGGCCGCCCCCAAAAAGCGUCAACUUCCCAAAAGCCCUCUACCGAUCCAUGUACGCCGACUUUCGCAGCCUGUACGACCUGCUCGUCGACCUGGACUCCUCGGACUCAAUCCAGUACCAGAAGCCGGCCGACGGCGGUAUAUGCGUGCUGCAGAACGUGCAAGCCUUCGACAGGCGCCACAAGUACGCGCCGCUGCCGCACCCGUUGCCGCUUGUUCCUUCGUCUCCGCAAUCGCACGGCCACCAUCAUAGCCACCGUAACCUGACGUCCUUAGCGUUUAGCUACAAGAGAUCCGACAAGCAGUCGGUGGUACAGAGCUCACUGAGCGCUGCAAUGAACCCACGGGACUCGUCGGUAGCGCCUUCGCCGCUAGUCAAGGCGUACAAGCGCUUCGAGCGGGACUGCCUCACCGUGAAAGAAAAGGUCUCGGUCUCGGAUGCCCGCAAGGUCCGCUGGAUCCUCAUCUACGCCGUGCUCCAGAUGCUCAUCUCGGUGACACGGGCGCCCCCCGAAGUCCACGAUACGGAAGACGCCGACUACCCGCUCUGCUGUCUCACUGCCGGCACGCCGCCUUGGGCUGCUAGAAACAAGAGCAUGGACUAUUCCUACAGCAAGGCCGGGGACUUUGGCACCAUUUCAGACAACGGAAUAGACAGUCCUGCAUCCACGCUCAACAAGCCGCUCCCGGAGACACCAGGCAGCAUCUUCGAUAUCCGCCCCGACUGCGAGGUCAACGACUACAUCACGCACACCAACCCCAGCUGCCAAAACACGUCGCUGACGUCGUCACUGAACCGGCGCUUUUCGCUUCACGCGGCGGCCCUGCAGCUGAGCGAAGUGCCGCCUCCACUGCGCAUCUCGCGCAGCCAGACGACAAACACGCAAUCGGACAAACGCCGCGGCACGGCCUCGCCUGCCCAGCUCGAGCGCAGCACGUCGUGGCGCUCGGCGCUGCCGAAGUCGCUCUCGCCCUUUUCGAGCCGCCGGAACAGCCUGGUCGGCCGCGCGGGCCAGCGCCGCCUCUCGUUCUGCGAGAUCCAAGUCCCCGGGUACGGAAACGGGCUCAAUGAGGCGACGCUUGCGGGCACUGCUGCUGCUGCACCACCAGAGAUACCGGAACGCGCGGCCUCGUCGGCUUCGUCGUCGUCUUCGGCGGUGAGGGCUGCGGGAACGCACGGCGUCAACGCAUCAUCCGAGAGUUCUGUUGCUGCUGCCGCUGCUGGUGCUGCAGUGCGACGCGCGCUUCCGGGCAAGCUCGUGCUGAACACGAACACGACGUGCCUGCCCAUCUCGGAAGAGGAAAAGGAGCGUCGCACGCCGACGCUCGAUUCGUUCCAGCUCGACCAGGGCUUCCCGCUCGCGCUCCCGAAGCUGAUGAGCACGAUGACGGCGGCGCGAGCGACGGCGCGCGCGGCCACGCCCUCGGCCAGCCUGUCCCUGGCCUCGGAACAGCAGCACCUCCUCCUUCAGCACCGCUUCGCUGCUGCUGCUGCUGCUUCUUCUGCGUCGCCAGCCCCGUUCCGCGCUUCGCCGUCCGCGGCCCUCGCCGCGAGCACCGCCCGUCAUAGCACCGACUCGGCGUCGACGACGUUCUGGACCCCGGCGCUGUCGCCUGCCUCGGCGCUGCCGUCGCCGGCCUCGUCGUCGGCCACCAGCAUGUCGUCUUCUGAGGCGGAGGCGGAGGCAGAAGCAGACGAAGACGCGAACGCGGCUGGAGACGCGGGACCCUGCCUAGUGGCUGCAGAGGAGGAAGAAGAAGAGGUGGAGACGCCGCCGGCGCGGCGGCCGCCGAUGGUGUCUGCGUCGUCGUCGGUCGCGAGCGCGGCCAGCGCGGCCAAGCUCGCGCGCAUGGGCUACGCGCUGCCGUUCCGGGCGUAUGCGGCGCCGGAGCCGGUGCUGCUCAGCACGGCGCGCGGGGGCAGGGACGUGCAGCAGUCGUUGGCGGCGCAGGUAGUGGGUGCGGCUGCGGCGGUGGGGGUGGGGGUUGGGGUGGGGGAGGAUGAUGAUGAUGAUGAGUUUGAAGAUGCGGAUGAGGUUGGGGAUGGGGAUGGGGAUGGGGAAGAGGAAGACGGCUCCGAGCUGCUGUGGUACGAGGCCGCGAGGGAAGUGGGCGAGGCGCAUGAGCUCGACGCCGCGGACACGGCGGUGGCGGCGGCGUCGUCGUUGUCGCUGUCUGUGUCUGUCUCUGCGUCUGGGGGCGACUCUCGGUUCGCGUCGUCGCAUUCUUUCAUCAUUACCGAUGACAACGACGAUGACGACAAUGACGACGACGACAGCGCCGAAGCCAACGACGUCGACGUCGGUGUCGAUGCUUUUGCGGCUGCGGCGCCGCGCCCUCCUACGUCCACUUCGACGUCGACUGAGGCGCAGGCGCAGACGCACGAACUCCCUGCCUCCACCACCUCACCCCCUCCCACCAACACCAGCAUCACCAGCCUUCCACGCCCCCCAACCCCCCCACCACGACGGCAUAGGCCCCUAGGCCCUCCAGGCGCAAAAGCAAGACACUUGCUCGGUCUCGACGAUUCAGAGAAAGAGGUCGAUGGCCGCCAGGUCGUCAGUAUUUAUCAGGCGCUGUUUAUGGGACCGUGCGCUGUUUAGUUUGGGGCUGGGUGGGUGGGCGGCGGUUGGGAGUUGGGGGGGGGAGUGGUGUGGAAGGGUAGGAAGGGGGUUAAGUGAGGGGAAGGGGAGAGGUUGGUUGGAGCGCUAUAUACCCUGUUUUUCUGUUUUUGGACUUGUGGAUUUGGUUGUUAUGUUGUAGUUAAUGUUUGAUGUGGUAUGUGCUGUUGUUGUGUUGUUUAUUGAUGUAGACAUGUUUGCUCGUAAGCUCUGGUCGUUCCUGUUGUCAAGCUGUCCGGGUUAGCGGGUGUAGAUACGGGUAUGGUGGUUAUCACAAGCUACCUCCUACAUAGACGCUAUCCCCGCGCCUGCUUGUACGACGACCUCUC